AUGGGUUUGACGAAAUCUAAAACAACAAAUAAUACUCUAUUAAAUGGUGAAAAAUCAUCAUUGUUAUCAUCGUGUGGAAGCUUCCGAAGCAAAGACAAACGUCUUAGCAAACGACGGUUGUGUUCGAAGAAAAAAGUUUUAAUGUUAGGAUUGGAUCGAAGUGGAAAAACAGAUUUGUUUCAUCGAUUAAUUUCCUGUGACCAACCAUCUCUUAAAAUCGAUGCAUUUCCUCAACCAACAAUGGGUUAUAAUGUUGAAACAAUCGGCGUUCGUUGUUGUCAUUUAAAUCAUCAUCAGUAUCAUAAAAUAACGUUGUGGGACUGUGGUGGUCAUGCAUCUGUUCGAUCAUUAUGGCCAUAUCAUUAUUCAAACACAUCUCUUCUCCUUUGGCUAAUUAAUAUUCAUGAUCGUAAACGAUUAGACAUGAAUCUUCAAUUACUUUCCCAAGUUCUCAAUAAUUCCUUACUUUAUCAAGUUCCUGUUCUUAUUGUUUUAUAUCAUUCAUCUUUCAAUCCAUUUGAAGUCAAUAGUAGUGCUGAUGAAGAAAAUUUGUUAACUAAUCUUGAAGUUGCCUUUCGUUUUCUUGCAACACUUUCGACAUCACGUGCUAGUUCGUUCAAAUGGCAAGUGAUCAAUGUAACAGUAAAUGAAAAAGAUUGUCAAACAGAUCUGAAAAAGAUUCGAGAAUGUUUUCGAGAACUGAUGGAAUUGUAA